UGCUCGUCACGCAAAGGCGAUGUGUUAGAAAAGAGAGAGAGAAAAAAACACUUGAGCUGUGAUAUUUAGUGUUAAGUGUAUUUGAGCAUAUGUCAAAAGCAACGAGGCACAAGCCUAGCGGAGCGGGCGCGACUGUCAUGUGACAAGUGCCGCGAGUGACCCAGUGUUAGAGACGCGUGAGUGCCAGAGCGGCGCUCGUCCCCCUCACUCGGCGCGGAGGAUGCUGGCCCUCGCGCGGAUAACCAGAUAAAACGUCCAGGAAACAGAGAAACACGGGAUUUUUGCCCGCAGGGAAAGGGGACCGCGGUCGCCUGCGGUGCCAGUGCAAGAGAGCUUCGGGUGCCAGAGGUAGUGCCAGGCAGGCGGGGGCUUUGAGGUGACACUGGUGAGCUCCACCUGUUACCACCUGUCACUUGCACCAGGUGGGCUGCCAGCAAGCAAGCGAGUGUUGCCAGGUGUGCUGGGGGGCCGCUGCGAGUGCUGAUGCUGGCCGCCACCCGGGGUCCACCAGGCACUCCCACAAGGUCCACCUCCAACACGGUCCCGCGCGCUUCCACAAGCCCUGGUACAACCCACCAUGGGUGAGUGAGAGCAAGGCUUCCAGCAAGUCUGCCGAGAAGGGACACCGAGCUAGGGGCGAGGAUGGCGUGAGCGGGAUGGCCAGCUCUGGAGGAGGCGGCGGGGUGAGUGGCCGGUCUCGCACGGAGGAGAUCGGCAAGUACCGCCUCCUCAAGACCAUUGGCAAGGGGAACUUCGCCAAGGUCAAGCUCGCCAAGCACAUCCCCACCGGCAAGGAGGUGGCUAUAAAAAUUAUAGACAAGACGCAACUUAAUCCAGGGUCGUUACAAAAGCUGUUUCGGGAGGUCCGCAUCAUGAAGAUCCUCGAUCAUCCAAACAUUGUCAAACUCUUCCAAGUGAUAGAAACAGAAAGAACUUUGUACCUGGUGAUGGAGUAUGCUAGUGGUGGGGAGGUAUUUGACUACUUGGUCUUCCAUGGCAGGAUGAAGGAAAAGGAGGCUCGGGCAAAAUUUAGACAGAUUGUUUCAGCAGUACAAUAUUGCCACCAAAAGAAGAUCAUUCAUAGGGACUUAAAAGCUGAAAAUUUACUUUUAGAUUCAGAAAUGGUGAUAAAAAUAGCAGAUUUUGGCUUCAGCAAUGAAUUUACGCCAGGGAAUAAGUUAGAUACUUUCUGUGGUAGUCCACCUUAUGCUGCACCUGAACUCUUUCAAGGGAAAAAGUAUGAUGGUCCUGAGGUAGAUGUGUGGUCUUUGGGAGUCAUCCUGUACACCUUAGUUUCCGGCUCACUACCUUUUGAUGGGUCUAACUUAAAAGAACUUAGAGAACGGGUACUAAGGGGGAAAUAUCGUAUACCUUUCUACAUGUCCACUGACUGCGAGAAUCUGCUCAAGAAGUUCCUGGUACUCAAUCCAGCACGUAGGGCAUCUCUAGAGACAAUAAUGAAGGAUAGAUGGAUGAAUAUUGGUUAUGAAGAUGAUGAACUAAAGCCGUAUGUGGAACCAACCAUAGACCUUGAUGACAUUAAACGAAUUGAGAUUCUCAGUGAAAUGGGUUAUUCUCGAGCCGAAAUAGAAGACAGUUUGAAGAGUCAGAAGUACGAUGAUGUAUAUGCUACCUACCUACUCCUUGGGCGGAGAUCUUCGGAUCUUGAGAGUGACGGUUCCCGGUCAGGAAGCUCACUUUCUCUUCGCAACACCUGCUUAACGCCGCGAGGGCAGGAGUCUAGCGGAGCUGCCCAGUCUCCCUCGCACUCCCACCGGGGAGUUCACCGCUCAGUCUCUGCCACCAACUCCAAGCCCUCUCGCAGAGCAUCCUCCGGUGGGGAGACCAUUCGGGGUGGAGGCACAACUCCAGUCUCUACUAAUGCACACAACCAUGCGGGCACCAACAACUUCCGGCGGCAGAACACAGUUGAUACUGCAACCAUCAAGGAGAACACUGCUCGACUGGCUCAGGGGGGCGUCCCCACCACCUCAGCCUCACGCUCGGCAGCACUCAAGAACCAAAAUAUCACAGCCCUUGAUCCCUCAGGGGCACCCGGCAAAGCUGGAGGUGCAGGUGCAGCAACCAGUCCUGGUGUAGGGAAGUCUCGGGUACAGAAGAGUAACACCAUGACCAAUAGAACCAUAGGUAGUGGCUCAGCACGACGCUCAACGUACUCCUAUGAUGCCAAUAAGGCCUCCUCAACAGAAAAGACAAACAUAACAAACGUUCCAGAUUCUGCUAGUGGCGUGGCUGCGGUACCACUCCUCCCUGGGGCCCCUCCCUCCUCUGCGGUGGGGGCCCCGGUGGACAGCCUGUCCCCUGGCCACCCCUCGGCAGCCACUAACUCUCGACCUGCAAAAGGUCAUUUCAAGUCAGCGUCUAUUUCUGCGGGCACGGGUGCUGGUCCAGGUCGAGUGGAUCUCUCGCCCUUAGACCACCCCCUAGAUCCUUUACGGUCAAGCUCUUCAAACAAAACACCAGUGUCACCUAUAAGCUCAAGCAACCGCUUCCCCCGAAAUGUGCCCAGUCGAUCCACGUUCCACAGUGGACAGAAUCGGCAAAAUAACAAUACGUACAGGGGAGUUGGUGCCCCUCUAACUACACAGGAUACCAGUGCCCUCUCUUCCACGAGUAGGACCAGUUUCUUCUCAAAAUUGUCAUCUAAAUUUUCAAAACGCCCCCUGGAAACUCCACCUAAGCAAGGCGCUAGGUAUGUUGGCAAGGAUGGGAGUGUGGAAGCAGAGAUGGCUGAAAGGGUGACAUAUCGAGGUAUCACAGAGGAGCACCCUAAAAGCACAUCCGUGAAUAAUGAUGAGCAGGUCAAGCCUCGGUCAUUGCGCUUCACGUGGAGCAUGAAAACGACCUCAUCACGAGACCCCAAUGACAUCAUGGCCGAGAUUCGCAAGGUAUUAGAUGCAAACAACUGUGAUUAUGAGCAGCGAGAAAAGUUCUUGCUUCUCUGUGUCCAUGGAGACCCCAACACAGAUUCUUUAGUACAGUGGGAAAUUGAGGUGUGUAAGCUACCCAGACUUAGCCUGAAUGGUGUGCGAUUCAAGAGGAUAUCAGGAACUUCCAUUGGGUUUAAAAAUAUUGCCAGCAAGAUUGCUAAUGAGCUAAAACUGUGACUACAAGGGGAGUUAGAACUAGGUGACUCUCUUGUAGAAGUACCACUAGGACAUAACACAGCCUGAGGUUAUGUAUCUAGUUCAGGUCAAAGUAGGCUGGGGUGUCUGACCAGUGAUGUGUCGAGGUCACACGAUUUUGUUAGAAAGAUUCAGGGAGUCAAAACAUAUUCCGAAACGUGCCUGAUAUCCAUCAAAGUUGCAUGUGUUUAAAAAAGUUGUUGUAGAACCAAAUAAGUUUUUAAAACUGUUAAGAGAGACAAGCUGGCACCUAACAAGUUUUCGGAGGUGUUCUCAAUAUGCAUUUUCGUGUUCUGACCUGGACUGUAAUCAGGCCCCCUUCCCUCUCAAGCUCACCUGAAAUAUAUUAAUUAACAAGCUCACCCCUGGGAGCUUUCACAUUAGAGCUCCAUGGGCCUCCCCUGAAGCACCUUUGGCUUGUUGGCUUCCCACCCUCACUCUCUAAAGCGUACCGUGGACCCCUCUCGCUGCUCGAAAUCCAGUUGCCUUUCAGGAAUUUAUGAUGGCCACAGGACUACUGUUGAUAUUCAUGAACUUUUAAAACUAUCCUGACACUCCUGACCAGUGAAAGACAUGCUGUCAAUAGAGCCAUUGCUUCUUCACCUUCAAUGACUCGAGGUCAUUAGUGUGAUAUUUAGAACAUUAACAAUACUAAGUGGAAGAUUUUGAAUGGACUUGAACAAAGUGUCUUAGUACUUACCCCCUUCCACCAGUGCUGGCCAGAGUAGUGCGGUUGUGUAGAUCACGUUUGGUGGAAGUGUAAACAAAGUCUCACCUUGGACUCCAGUGGAUAUAGUGAAAUGUGAGGCAGAUAUCCACCAUAUCAUAUUAUCUCCAUGUAUGUAAACCACGCAUCAUGUGUAACCGUAUCAUCCUUACGUGUUGCACUCACCAGCUAACCAGAAAGAGGUUCCAAAGGAACAGUUUUACCUUGUUUUCUUUUGUAAAUAUUUUGGCUAUAGGAAUGAGGAAUUCCAGCUGCCCAGUUUUGUUAUGUAUUACCUAUAGGAUGAAUGAGGUGAUUUGAAUAUUAAUAUGUACAGUAUUGUAAAGAAUUUGGUCACAUA